AUUAUCAAGAUUAGGCAUCUGGUUUUCAAUACUAAUCUGCACACAAACAUGAUUGAUACAUACCGGUAGUUGAUCCACCCAAACCAAUAUGAAAGUAUUAAGAGCUAAACAAUUUAGCUAAAAGCUAUAUAAAUGCAAUACGCAAAAAAGAGGACAUUCCAUUGUGAAUUAGCAAAAACGUCCCGUAAAAGUUUAUGUAUUUUAACAAAAUUCAUAUACAACUUCAUGCAGUAAUCACCAAGCACAGGGAUUACUGUUUGAAUACCGUGUGGCCAAACAAUCGACGCGCUCUGGGGUCGACUAAAAGAGCUGCUCAGAGAAACAGCAAGCGAUUACCAGGGCCUGUGUGUUUACAUUCUGAGAACGGAACAUGGCCACUACGGGAGGAACAGUUGGACAAGGGACAAUGACUUCUUCUGUACCCGGGACGGGCAACUGUUUUGUGGCUAAAGGUUUAGAUAUCAGCCUGGCAGCCUUACAGCGACACGAUCCCUACAUAAACAACAUCGUAGAUUUGGCUAGCCAAGUUGCGCUCUACACAUUCAGUCACGUGUCUAAUGAGUGGGAGAAGACCGAUGUCGAAGGGAGCCUGUUUGUAUAUACAAGAUCUGCCUCUCCCAGGCACGGCUUCACCAUCAUGAAUCGGCUGAGCAUGGACAACCGGACGGAGCCCAUCACCAAAGACCUGGACCUCCAGCUGCAGGACCCCUUCCUUCUCUACCGGAACGCACGCUUGUCCAUAUAUGGGAUCUGGUUUUAUGACCAAGAGGAUUGCCGGAGAAUCGCAGAACUCAUGAAAAAUUUAACACAACAGGAGCUGCUCAAGACCCAGCAGGGGGGAGGCAGCUCCCCAAGAACACUUCACUCCGGGGACAGCAGAGGUGUGGACAUCCUGGAGAUGCUGACCAAGGCCAGAGAUGAAUACGACAAGGGUAAGCCAAGUUCAGAGCCAAAGGAAAUCGCUGUCAGCAGUGUGAUCUUCAACAACCCCAACCUGAUCAAACCCAUCCCUGUGAAACCAACAGAAAGGCACUACGCUCCUGUGCAGCACCAGCAGCCCCGCAAGGAUGGCGAGCCUGAGCCCAAGCACUUAUCCCUGGCAGCCCUUUUCGGAGCCAAGGACAAGUCUGUCCCAGGGCAGGACAGCAGCAUGCAGUCGAGAGGGGCAAAAGCUGAGAAUCGUCCUGCAGUGCUCCGAUCCCUUUCUUAUGAGGAACCGGGGCAGGCACCCACAAAGGCAGCUGCAGACAGCAGCACCGCCCACCCCUGCCUGGCCUUCCAGAAGCUGAUGACCUCCCAAGGAGGGGCUGUGGAGCUGCGGCCCGUCUCAGAAUCUCCUGAAAACCGGCUUUGUGAGAACGGAAGUUUCCAGCCAGCCUCCUGCCCCGGCCGAGACCCUCUGCACAGACUGUUCCAGCCCCCGGCCUCCGCCUGCUCACACCAGCCGACCCAGCUCCAGGGAGCACCCAACCUCCGCAAGCCUGACUCCGGAGCAGGCCCCCUAGUAGAGCCCCUGGGCUUCAGCAGCAGCAGUCGCCAGUCGCAGCCCCUUUUCUUCAGCCCCAAUGGCCCCCAGCUUGUAGCUCCCUCUCCCCGGCACCAUGUUCCAGGCGUGGUCUACCCCCACGAGCUGAUCCAGAGACUGCAGCUGGUCCAGCAGGAGCAGAACCCCGAUGGGCUGCCCAGGCCCACCCUCGCCGCCAGGUUCCAUGAGCCCCUCAGCCAGAGUUCCAGGCCCCUGGUCACCUGGACAGAGAAGAGCCCCGCCAGGGACAAGUCACAUCCGCUGUUUCAGCGAAUUCCAGCUACAGUAGCCCCCACUCUGCUCAUGUCUCCCAUGGAGUUCUCCCAGUCCAAAGCAGGGAAGCCUGCAGAGAGCAGCCGGCUCGCCAUGCCCCCAGCGGAGAGCUGUCAGGGGCUGAGGAGCUUGUUAUCCCCCAGGCAGGCUGCGGAGCCUGUCAGUCUGACACCCAGCACUCUCACCAAGGGCCAGCUCCAGGACACGCUGCUCUACCUGAUCAAGAACGAUUCCUCCUUCCUAAACACCAUCUAUGAAGCUUAUCUGUCCAGUUUGACGAAGGACAAGUGACGAAAAAGCUCUGAAGCGGUUCGAUUUUUUUUUUUUUUUUUUUAAAGUUGUUUUUUGUACAGUUGCCGAUUUUAACAAAUCUGAUAAAUAUCUAGGUGUGAAUAUAUUUCUUCAAAACACAUUAUUAGUUUUUGCUUUUUCCAUGCUCUAUUUUUAUGCUUUGUUUUUAGUUAAGUUUCCAGUAAUGAAAGGAAGGAAGAAUAACUGGAAUGCAGUUUUAUACAAAUCUGUAUUCAUAUAUCAUGGAAAGACAAUGGAAAAAGUAGCCUGUCUAGAUUGUGUUCAACAUGCAAUAUACUUGGGAGAACGAUUGAACACUGUGGCUGGCAGCUGCCUUUGCUUGUCCUCGCACAUACAGAUUGCUUUCUCGUUAUCAGAUUUCUUAUAUGAAACAACAGUGCAGAUGCAGUACUAUUUUAUUUCAUAUAUUUUGUUUUAAAAAGAGAAUAUUUUUCUAUGGUGGAGUUCAUUGUAUAUGCCUCUUUCCAAGGUGCAUUGAUCACAGUAAAAACUGAAUGAUUUAAAACAGAAGAACUGGUCACAGUCAUUUUAAUGUGGUUUUACUUUUAUCAGGUUUUAAAACCUUGCUUGUUUUGUCCAAUCUUUCUUUUAACAGGAACAUCAUUAAAAUUACUUUUAUGGUCCAUUUCAAAA